CCUAGGCUUUCCUGGCUUUCCUAACACACCUACAGAAUAGCGCCAGGGCUUUAAUUAACCCCCCGCAGCGACCGACUUGUCGAUAUCCAAAGCCGAGCAUCGGGACAUUAAACAAGAAUUGUCCUAUGAACAGUGUUAAACCUCCGCAUACCUUGCCGAACCAUUUUGAAGCCGUAACUUUUUAUAAAGCCCCCGAGGUCCAUUUGUAAUAAUUGUAUUAGAAGUUCUCUUGGUCAUCUCACUUUCUUUUUGUAAGAGGUAUGAUAAUCGAAGGAUCCGACGAUCUUGUUCCGUCCCGUUUCCGAUCGCCAAUCUCAAGCAUAAAUUACUAACUAUAGACUCUCUUACAGGACAAUGAGCGUAUUCCGCCGCAGCAUGGCGUCGGUGGCUUCCCUCAAGCAAGCCGGUAAGGUUGUCUGUAUCGGACGCAACUAUGCCGACCAUAUCACGGAGUUAAACAGUGCCCGACCAAAGCAGCCCUUUUUCUUUUUAAAGCCAACAUCGUCACUCCUCUUACCUGGUGAGGGUCCCGUCAUCCGGCCUCGGGGCGUUGAUCUGCAUUAUGAAGUUGAGUUGGCUUUGAUACUUGGCAAACAAGUCAAGGAUCUUGCAGCAAGCGAUGAAAAGGGUGCAUUUGACGCUAUCGACCACUAUGCCCUCAGCAUUGAUAUGACGGCAAGAAAUAUCCAAAAUGAGGCCAAGAAAAAGGGGUUACCGUGGUCAAUUGCCAAGGGAUUUGACACCUUUUUGCCAAUCAGUAACCUGAUUGAAAAAUCGGCAAUUCCCAACCCUCACUCUGUAGAUAUCUACCUCACCGUCAACGACAAGGUCCAACAAGCGGAUUCCACCGAACUCAUGCUUUUCCAAAUUCCCAGAAUAUUGAGCGAUAUUUCUAAGGUUUUUACUCUUGAGAAGGGAGAUAUCAUUCUCACCGGAACUCCAAAGGGUGUUGGCCCAGUUGUGCCAGGCGACGUUAUGCGAGCCGGUAUCAAGGUCAAUGGCAAGGAGCUUGAAGAGAGCAAGAUUGAAGUUAAGGUUGAGGAAUCAACCAGUUCAUACGAGUAUGCAGAGACUUAAACUCGCAUGAGAGAAAGCGCUCUUAAUUAUUAGGACGAUCUCUGCCUGUUUAUAUUCUCUUGUAUAUACGAUAAAGCUCAUUUCCGAGCGACUUCAACUUCUAUACCAUACUCAUCGCAGAAUUGCGGUCAUUAUACAUUCGCGUAUGAAUAUACCCUAAGUCUAGAUUUGAUACUCAGUCAAUUGAGUUACUGAAAACU